GUUUGUGAUAUGGGCGAUAAUUGAUGGAUUGUUAUUAGUAGCCAUUUUAUGUGGAAAUAUUUUAACGAUUCUCGCUGUAAGAUUCAGUCGUAGACUAAGAAGUGUUAUCUCCAAUCAUUUUGUUCUGUCAUUGGCAAUCUCCGAUAUUCUGGUCGGCUUAACACUGCCUUAUCAUUUAACCUUCUAUUUGGGUUCUGAACUUGGCAGUAGCAAGCAUUGGUGUCUCCUUCGAUUCUUCUUCGUUAUAAUGGCGUGUUGCGUCUCAAUAUGGAAUCUUAUUGCAAUUGCUCUCGACCGCUACAUCGCCAUUUGCUAUCCCCUACAUUACAGUCGAUACAUGACACGAAAGAUAGCUUUGUGCUUAAUGGCAUUCGGGUGGAUUGUAGGCCUAACAAUUGCAGCAAUUCCUUUGAUUUGGAACAAAUGGGAACAUGCACAGGAAUGUGAAUUUGAUCAAAUAUUUUAUCCUUGGUAUAUGGUCGGCGUUAUAACUCCCGUCUUCUCACUCGUAUGGCUGUGCAUGCUUUUUGUUUAUUGCCGUAUCUGGCGAGAAGCAUCUAAGCAAGUAAAACAACUACGAACGACGGGACAACAGGAAGGAACGUCAGAUUGGAAAUCUGUGCAAAUGGUGCUUUUGAUUCUUGGAUGUUUUACAAUUUGCUGGUUGCCGUAUUUCAUCGUUGCAUGUUCACAAAUUUAUAGAAUCAUUGAGAGUAGUUCAGCAGUUGCAUAUAUGGCAGCAUUUACUCUUGCCAUGUCCAACUCUGCAAUGAAUCCACUCAUUUAUGCUUGGAAAAACUCAAAUUUUCGUCAGGCAUUUUGUAAUCUUUUAAAAUGUAAAAGUCCUGAUACUCUCGAACCAAGUCAAAGUAUGAGAUCAAAUCUUCAUCGAAAAAGCUCAUCAGCACAACAUCAAGAUACAAUUUCUGGUGCAUUUCCGAAUUAUUCGACUCCGCCAUUUAUGCAGAGGAAAAUUGAACCGAUUCAUGCUAUGGGAAUAACAUUUGAAGAAGACGAAGAUAAAAUCUCAACGCAUGAAGGAUUUGAGACAAAAGUUAAUCGUUGCAACGACAUGACGAAUGUCAGCAGCAAUCCACCACCCCCGGUUACAAUCAAAAUUGAGUCAGACAUGAAGAAUUCAAUUGUCAUUUCAACCACAACAUUGCCAACGUUACAAGACGAUGAAACACUCACAACCAUCAUAACAAAUGGCGAUACAAAAACCCAGAAUGAAAAUGAUGGAAAAACUGUUAAGACAGGAAAUUUGAUUGUGAAUCAGUUGAUGGAAAAUUACGGAUACGAUGCGAGCGAUGAUGAUAUUAAAAAGUUUAAAGAGAAUUCUUUAAAUAUCAACUUUUGCUCUACUAUGAAUGGCCAAUCAAAAAUAAAGUCGAGGUCGGCGAACAGUAUAGCGAUAACGAGAAGUCCAAAUAAAAGCAAUAGCCAUGGCGCUAUCUUUGACUUCAGUCACUCAAAAUAUCGAAUGAAUGAGAAAGUAAAUGAUUCGAAUAAUGACACAAACAGUGAAGGUAAAAGUGUCAAUAAAAAUUUAUUUCCGGCUUUCAACUUUAGACGAAAGUACAUUUCGAAAAGCUUCAAUACCAGCAAAAGCACUGCUCAAGGUCUUGACAAAAGUAAUGGAAGUUGUGACAACUCUAACCGAAAAAGCGUCGAAUUAAAUUAUAAUGCUUAA